AUGUCAGACUCUGGCAUGCCGGAAGCAAGUGGAGAGGAUGAGCGCCAGCGACAAAUUCACCUUUGGACAGAAAGCUCUGGUAUACCCUACGGCCUUCCAGAGUACGGAUCAGAAAGGCCCGAGUCCAAUGAGUGGCUCCUCCCGACUUCGACCCCACAGUUGAGCAGCCGGGUCACGAAGGUCACUAAGACACCAUCCAUCAGCCGCGACACUCGUCAUCGUCUUACCCUCGGGCUCAGGAUCGUCCUCAAAAUCUUCGACCCAACCUUCCUCCUUCUGUAUCAGCUCUCCUACUUCUUCGGACUCAUACCCAGCGAAGUUUCCAACCAACUAUAUAGUCGGGAGGCUAAUGCCUAUAAGUACUUCUACGAGCAAAAGAUCACGGGUGAUCCUCACAUGGUACCGCAGUACUACGGCAGCUGGGCGCUCGAGUUCGACGCUAGCGAUUCACCUGAACCUGGCAGAUCCUCUUCACCCAGAACCCUCCAAUGGAGAUGUGUAGGCGCGAUUCUCAUCGAGUGCAUUGCGGACCGCUCGCUUGAAAAGAUGUGUGAACGAGACCACAGCGGAGCCUUGAUUGCCGAUAAGGCUUCCCUUCCCUACAUCGAUCACGCAAGCAGUGCGUCGAAAGUUCUGUCUCUGAACGACUCUGCAUCGCGGCUGAAAGUCUUGAAGAAGGUUAUACACGGCGGUGUUUACUUCGAGCAUAUUGGCCCCGUCAUCAAGGGUCUCGAUCCCCAUGACAUCGUCCUCACUUUCCUCCAGAACACCCGAGACCGACAGACCCCAGAAAGCAUCCGCCCUGUCCUUCUCGACUACAGCUUCUGUGUUGUGUGGUCCCAGUCCCAUGAAAGCACCCACGGGCGGCUCGACGAGUUAGACGAAGAAGCACCGCCGAUCCCCCGCAGAUAUGUGAUGAACAAGUACCCGAUGCAACGACUUCCAUUUCCUCCGAAUCCGACGUGA